UGAAAUCGAACAACAGUCAGCGUCACGAGAAUCAAACUACUGUCAACAACCUUGGCGUUAGAAAGCUAAGGGAUAUCCCGAGGAUAGUUAGGGCUUCACCGCCAAAAACAAACGCUAAAUUUGCCUGAAACGACGCUACAUCGAAAACGGAAGAAGGGAGAAGUGAAACCUCCAUAUAGGGCUUCACUUUUUGGAAGUCGCUCCAAACUGUUGUCAGACUCUACGCACUUGCUUCCUGUUGUCAGUUUGGCUGUUAAAUAUCCAGCGACGCGAUAUUAUGUGAGAAACAUCGUGAAAGGAUUCUCAAACCAAGGGGCGGGAAACGGCGUGAACAAUCCGGGACCCCGUGUGUUUGUUUUCUACAUGAGUGUGUUGGCAGGAUGUCGCUGAGUUCGGGCGGUUGGUCUAACACUGCUGGACCAGACCAGUCCGCCGCCCUCCCGAGUCACUAUGGGGGCUCGCAGUCACAAAUUGGCUGCCAAACCGUUCUCAUGUCGGUGCGGGUGUCGGUGUGCCAUUCUGGUAUUCGGCCUCUGUGUCUUCCGGGGACAGGUGAUGAGUCACUCCGCCUGCAGCUCAGCAUGGACCAGGGGAAAUCCGGGGAAUUCCGCCUGUCGCUCCAGGACAGCAGCGGGACUGGCCGGAGUGUGACCAUAGCAGAGUUUGAUUUGGCGGAGGUAAACUAUGAGGUGAAGUCACCAAAGUGCCACGAGCUGAGUUUGGCGGCGCCUCCACAUGACCGCAUCAGCUUCAACUUCCGCUGUGAGCAGGAGGCCCAGAAGUGGGCUACGGUGGUGAUGUCUUCAUUAAGAGAGGCACACAAAGUCGCCCCUCGAGAUAAUGGUCCACAGCGCCACCAGGAUAGUCUUGAUCAUCAGAACACCUUGGCUUUGCAAAGAACAGAGGAAACCUGCAUAGAGCUGACCCGAGCCAUAGAAGCAGGUGACAUGCAGUCUGCUUCUCUCUUUGCUGCCAUGCUCGCACGACAUCAUGCUGCACUCAAGAUUCAGCCCUCUGCCGGAGACUAUGAAGACACGGAAAUCAACUUGGCUGUUAUAGUUGAGGAUUCUUCUUCAUCCUGUUGUGUCACUGUGAAAGUUUUCCCACUUAUGACUACCGCAGCGUUGAAACAGCAGAUGUUUCUAGAGUAUGGCUUUCACCCACGGGUGCAGCGCUGGGUGAUUGGCCAGUGUCUGUGCACCGACCAGCGUUCUCUGGCCUCAUAUGGGGUUCAUCAGGACGGUGACACAGCCUUCUUGUACCUCCUGUCAGCCCGUCAUGCUCGGUUGACCCGCCAAGUACUCCAGCAAGACCAGGAGAGUGCCCUCCUUCUCGGUCCUCCAUCUCUGUCUCUUUUCACUCCUCCCCUCUCUGCUACCUCUGCAAAUGGGCCCUCAUCUCUGGACCGGAGGCCUUACACAACCCUGCCUGCAAGACUCCGGACCAGCAGCAACCCUGGUGGGUCAGAAAGAGGAAAUAUCAAUGAGAUCAGAGAUCUCAUCAACCUAGAGAUGCCUCAACUCAAUGAAGCUCUGAGCCCCAUCACAACCUCCACCCAGGGUUGGUCGUGCCCUUCUUGCACUUACAUUAACAAACCAACACGGCCGGGCUGUGAGAUCUGCAGUACAAACCGCCCCGAGAACUACGUCAUCCCGGGUGGAUACCGACCUGAUGCGUUGGAACUCAGACGGAUCCAGCAGGAGAAAGAGGCUAUCAGACAGUACCAGCAGGCAAGGGAAGAGGAGCGCAGGGAGAAUUUUGCCCGGCUGGUGAUGAUGGACGGACAGGACCUGCUGCCUAACCCAGAACCUGUGGACUGUAGGAUCUGUUACAUGGACCUGCAGCCUAGAGAGGGCGUCCUACUAAGGGAGUGUCUUCACUGCUUCUGCAAGGAGUGCUUGCGUUCAGUCAUCAUGCUGAGUGAGGAGCCGGAAGUGGCCUGUCCCUACAGAGAUGAUACAUAUUCCUGUACCUGCUCUCUGCAGGAGAGGGAGAUCAGAGCUUUGGUGUCAGCAGAGGAGUAUGAGCGCUGGCUUCAAAGAGGUCUAUCUGUGGCAGAGUCUCGGUGUGAGGGCAGCUACCACUGUGCCACUCCAGACUGUUUGGGCUGGUGUGUGUACGAGGACACAGUCAAUGUCUUCCACUGCCCCGUCUGCAGGAAACACAACUGCCUGAUUUGCAAGUCCAUCCAUGAGGGAAUGAACUGUAAGCAAUACCAGGAUGAUCUUGCAGCCCGCGCUAUAAAUGACUCUGCUGCCAGGAGGACGACACAUCUACUCAAGACUCUUGUGCAGUCGGGGGAGGCAAUGCACUGUCCCCAGUGUGGCAUCAUUGUGCAGAAGAGGGAUGGAUGUGAUUGGCUGCGCUGCACAGUCUGUCACACUGAGAUCUGCUGGGUAACCAGGGGACCCCGCUGGGGGCCUUUGGGUCCUGGAGACACCAGUGGAGGAUGCCGCUGCAAUGUCAACAAUCAGAAAUGCCAUCCUAAAUGCCAAAACUGCCACUGAGUGGUCCGACUGCAGUAGGGAAUGAAAGACUCAACCUGAAAUAGACUACUCUCUAAAAUUGGGAAGAAGAAAGGAGGAUUAUGGUGAAUUAAAAAAAGUAUAUUUAAGCCUAAACUGACUGACUGUUACGUACAAUGCAUUUUCUUAACUGGACACAUUUCCUCUCAGUAUUCAGAAUAACAUAAAUUAUAUGUUGAGAUUUAGCUCUUCCUCUCACAAACGGUGAAAUGCAGGAUGUGUGAAUUUUAACGUGUGUUUAGUAUAAAUUAAAUGAUGUAGUCUCACUGUAUGAUGAUAGGGGUGGUUAGAAGUAUGCAGGGAAAGAGUAUUAACUUUUAUUGCAUUUGGUGCUUUUUUAAAAGAUUGCCCUGCAAAUGUAGCAAUACAGGUGUGAUGGUUUCUGUUUUGGUAGGUUACAUACCAGAAUGCAUUACAUUAAACUAAAGUGGCCUUAGUCUUCUGUACAAAAGCUGUGGCUUUAUGAUGAAGUCUUCUGUGAAGCAUGACAGAAAUCCUUGUCAUGUCCUUGAUAUGCAGUUUUUCUGCAUAGAGCUAGAUCUAACAAGCGUGUGGAGUUAUAUAAGUGGUUAUAUAUUUUGUGUCCGGACUGCGUGUGCGUCUUAUCGCCAAAGAGUGUUUGAAACGAGAAUGUGUCUGCUUGUUUAUCUGUUGUUGAACCACCUAAUCUGAACCAGGCCGUUUGCAGGAGUUCAUGACUCACGUGCCUCUGAAUGUUGACGAGCAGGGCAGCUUGUGCCUAGGGUGCAAAGGUCACUGAGCUGCUGACCAGCUGUGUAUUGUGGGAUGACAAAAUCAAUAAAUAGCAAGAGUGUAUUGAUGGAUAGCCAAAUGUUAAUUGAAAUACUUGAAUUAUUUCUGUAGGAGGAGGCACAUGUAAACACAUUUUGUCGAUAGGCUCAAAUGUCAUUGGGUGCAAAUGGUUAUAUUAGCCGGCCUACUUUUUUAAUUAUCCAUAGUAAUAUUUGAAUGUUUUCUAAUGCAUCUAUGCAUGAACUUGUUCUUCUAUUAACAAAGCCUCACACACUGCACUCUGUUAUGCCAGACUAUGCCCUCGACUACACUACUGCCCGGGACUGACAAGCCAUGAAUCUUCACUGUUGUGUUAAAAUAUCAGCUCUGUGUUGCUGAUUUACCGUUGUGCCUUAAUUAUCAAUAAAUACCCUUAAACCUC